UGUAGAUCAAGAGGCCGAAUAUCAUGAUGCCGCUUCAGUAUUGAUUGGCUAAAUAACUGUGGGCUACGUUGUAAAAUACCUCACUUUGAUCAGUAUAACCAUCAACUUCUGUGAUUUAUAUUUUUGCCAGCAGCACCUACAUUGUCACUUUGACGUCAAUCUCCGUCUUUGCAAAUAACAUCCAACAACGAAGAGACAAUAUGUUAUCUUUUUGGAAGAAAAGAACGGUACCAGAAUUACCGGAAAGAGACCAAAUAGUGCUAGAUGAAUAUACGCGCAAAAUGAAGAAAUAUGAGGAAAUGAUUAAAAUCUGCUGUUGUUGGAUAGGUUAUGAUGUAUUAUUCGAGUUUAUUCCUGUGGUUGGCAAAGUGAUAUCUUUAGGAUUUGCUAUAUCAAUGUUCCGUCUAGCUUGUCAAUGCGAGUUACCUACAUCCGUCAAACGUAGGAUGUUAUACCAUAUUACUGUUGAUUUUCUAAUCGGACUCAUCCCUAUAUUGGGAUUUUUUCUUACAAUGUUAUAUCGAGCGCACAGUAAGAACGCACGUAUUUUAAGAAAAUUUCUUUAUGAAAGAGCAAGACAAGGUGCAGCAAAGGCAGAGAAAGAAGCGUUGAAGAUUGGUCAUGGAAAUGAGCAUAUACCACUUUCAGAACCUACGGAUAAAAUCAUGGAAAGGGAUGAGCUUGAGCCUUUACCUCAACGUCCUAGUGCCAUAAAAAAAGGAGAAGAGGUCAUUGCCUUGACAGAGUCACAAAGAAGUGUCAAUGUCUUUAAAAAGGAAAAUGAAAAUAGGUACGGGCCUGUUUCACAGCCGGUACAGCAACAACUACAGCAGAAGACAGAAUAUGACGCUACAGUGUCUCGCAACAACAAACUCGAAUAAAAUAUGCAACUAAAUAUUCAAUCUGUGGAAGCAGGAAUACAUUUUUUUGUAUUUUGCAUUGUGAUGUGCAAAUGCCUCUAUUGCUGCUAAAUUUUAAGGCUGCCUCUAACAAAUUGAGAUAUAAGCACAUCUUUCUUUCGCCAUUAUACAGUAAAUAUUAUCGCAGUUGAGAUCAAUUAUUCGACUAUAUCAUCACAUUAAUUUAAUAUGAGAACCGGUGCUCCGAUUUUUUGACAGAUUAGAGAUGCCUGUAACCCACGAUCACUUUCUAAACUAAUUACUCAGUUCCAGUUGUUCUCGAAACGAGCGUCGCGAUUUUUUGGCUCAGAAAUGAAUGUCCAAAUACAGG